AAACAAUUCUGCAAAAUAAGUUACUAUAUUAUAGUGGUAAAGUACAUAAACAAAUACGUUAGCCAAUGUAACUUCCGCGCAAGGCACGGGAAACGCAGCAUUGCGCAAAAUCGCAUCCUAUUGUUAACACUCAACAAUUGGCAAUUCACUUAUUAGUAACGUGUGAAAUGUGUUUAUAAUCAGUCGACGAACAAGGUAACUUAGGCGCCAAAAUGAAAGCUGUCAAAUACGCAUUGAUAGGCAUAACGAUGGCGGCCAUUUUGCCGGAAGUGACGUCAUGGAUCGUCGAUAUGACGGAAGUGGAGAAGUUAUUGGGCAAUGAUCAAGCCGACGAAGAGGCUAACUUCGACGAUGACAUAUGGCCCAGUGUUGCCAGUGAUGACAACGAAGUGAUGUACACUGCCAAUUAUGCGGAGAAUUUUAAUUAUGAGACUUAUAAAAAGAAAGAGGUUGACAGUAUAAUCAGAAAUGGCGGCGCGUACUUGGAAGGGUUGAGUAACGCAAUGGCUGCUUACAGGGACACUCUAGAAGACUGCAACAGAAACUCAUCAAAAACAUCAAUCGUCAGUGAUACUAAUGGAGAAGUAAAAACAAGAUGCGAGAAAGCAGAAAAGAAGAAAGAUUACGUUCAAAAACUGUCGGAAAUGGCUCUUCUUACCACAGACAAAAUGAGAGACAAAGAUUAUGACGACAUAAGCCAGGAACGCACAGAGGAUGGAGACUUGAUCAGGCUGGCGUGGACUUUGGACCGGCUGGCGGCGCUCACUGGCUACAGCAGCGCGCAUGGGGACACGGUCUCAAGCAACGGUGUACAAGACAAUAAUCCGAAAUCGUCGACAGAAGCGAACAUGGCGACCGAAGACAAUAGACAAUUGGAAAUCCUAGAGCAGGUAGAAAAUGGCCGCCCGCUGCCUCCAAAACUGACAGACACAAGAUCAGUUCAGAAACGGGACACAGGCGAUGUAAUGAAGUAUUACCUAAAAUACAAAGUAUGGAAUGCUUCGAACGCUGAAGACGAUCACCGAACUAGUGAUAACGAUCCUUUCGACAUACAGAACUCUCUCAAAGUCCUCCCAAUAAGGAAACGGUCACUCGCGUACAAGAAAGCUACUAACAUGCGCAGCGCAAUACAAAAGAUACGGCGACUGCGCUGUCAACUAAAAGAUCGUUCGGAAAUACAUUUCAGGAAACUUGUGAAGUCUAUAAAAGUUUAUAGAAGAAAAAUAUUCUCAAAUGAUUCUCAUUGAUUUUUAUUUACAUUAAACGUUUUAAAUCAUUACAAUAUUUUUUUUAUAAACUAAUCGUUUGAUUUUGCUUCAUGCAAUCCUUUGUAAAUACAAAAAUCGACGAUAUCAUAUUAUUGUGAAUAUAAAAAAAACAACAGUUUUUUCAACAGCUUCUUGUAUAUGGCAAAACUAUUUUAUCACAAUAACUCUUAAGGCUAUGCGUCUUAUGCCUCA